UCUGGGUCCCGUAUUAUAAAACAGUUACCGUAGCGGUAAGUGCUCAUUUGAGCGGUAAGUCUCAAAAGCAGCGGUAACUUUAAGAUAAACGGUAAAUAUCCGUUGCAUAAAAACUUACCGCUGGACUUGAGCGGUAAGUCUAUAAAGAUCAGCGGUAAGUCUAUAAAGAUCAGCGGUAACAUUACCGCUACCCUCUGAGCUUGCGGUAACACUACCGUAACUAUGGCUGCGAUACUGGCUGUCUUGCAGCGUCGUGGAUAUGAAAGGGCGAGGAGGAGGGAGCGGAUCUUCAGAGAUCGCAGCCAGCCGUUGGAGUUGGGGGAUGGUGACAUUUUCCGGAAGUACCGGUUUACUAGGGAUGGUUGUAUGCAUGUUAUCAAUUUGAUUCGGCCCCUGUUGCAGCACGACACCCAACGGAAUCAGGCACUUCCCCCAGAGCUGCAAGUUUUCAUAGCUUUGAAUUUUUAUGCAACGGGGGCAGUGCUUGAUUCCACGGCCACGAUUCAUGGCAUCACCCGCUCAACAGCAUCCAGGGUAAUUCACCGUGUGUCAGUGACCCUCGGCACACUGAAACAUGAGAUAAUCAAGUUUCCAACGACAAUGGAAGAAGUCAACAGAGCCCAAGUGGAUUUCUUCAACAUAUCAGGCUUUCCCCAGGUCAUAGGAGUGGUCGACGGAACACACAUUAGACUAAAUGGAGCUCCCUUGGGCCCUGGUGAGCACGUCUAUAUGAACAGAAAAGGAUAUUACUCCAUCAACACCCAAAUAAUUUGUGAUACCAAUUACAAGAUCAUAAACAUUUUGGCACGCUGGCCAGGCAGCACUCACGACAGCAGGAUAUUUCAGAACAGCAGAGUUGGACAGACUUUUGAAGAUCUACAACAGCAUGGUCUACUUCUUGGAGAUUCGGGUUACGCUUUAAGACCAUACCUGAUGACACCAGUGCUAAAUCCAAGGACUCCUGCAGAACAGGCUUACAAUAGAGCACAUGCUACAACGAGAGUGAGAAUCGAACAAGUCAACGGCCAACUAAAGCACAAAUUCAGGUGCUUACUGAAUGGUAUGCAAAUGGCACCCAGAAGAGCGUGCAAGAUCAUCACUGCAUGCGCCGUAUUGCACAAUGUGGCUAAAGAUUUGAAGCAGCCUGAUGAAGUAGACUUUGGUAUUGAACAACAUGAACACGAACCAGACAGGGACGACCACAUUGUAGACAACGGCUUAGCCAUCAGAAACACUAUUAUUGCCAAUUAUUUCCACUAGAUUUUUAUGAUGAAGACUUCUA